AUGAGGGCUUCAGCCAGAGAGGUCGCUGUAUUCAUUUUUAUUUUUUCUAUCAGAUGGCUGUGUGAGUCAAUAAACUCCUUCUGGCUGGCAACAAAGCGACCUCCUCCUCGUCAUCAUUUGUCAACACAACACAACGCAGAAGUUUUAUCUAGCCAGGGGUCAGAAAGACACCGGCUACAAUGGUGCCGUGACCCGGAUGCACACCGCUUCAGCGUAAUUCAUCUUCUGGAGCUGUGGAUCAAUGCCAAUUUGCCAAGUGUCCUGGGAUUGCUCUUUUCGUUUGCGGUAGAGGAAUACGGCAAGGACAACUGUGACAAUGAAGAGUGUGGUGAUAGUGACAACGAUUGCAGCGACUGCAGUGGUUGUCAGCAAUUGUGGACUGCUCACAUUGUUGGCCAGGGGCAGCGAACAGUCCAGGUGAAGGUCACAGUGUUUGGUGCCCACCAUACUUUCCACCGUGCAGCGAUAGCUUCCACACUGCCGCUCGGUGAUGUUGAAAUGCAUGGUGGCUCCUGUGAGGUCGACAAUGGCCUGUGUAGGCAUGACCUGAUUUCCACUGGUCUUGGACCAGAUGUAAUGCAAAGGUGGGGUGCCUUGCAGAGAGCUGCAUUUCAGCAUCAUACUGUUGUCUUCUUCGUCCACACUGCACAGAGGCUGACUGGGUGCCUCUAUGACUGUCAGGUCUAAGAUCUUCUUGUCCAGUUCUGGUAACUUCUUCACCAGACAGCGGUACAUCUCCGUGUCUGACGGACGUACAUCUUUGAUGACGAUAGACGCGUCUCCAUUUUGGGGAUCGGCUGAUGUGAAGUGGACCCUCCCCUCCAUUGGUUUGUACAAAUCGGAAUACAAGCGGCCGCCAGUAAACCAAAUGAUGGAUUGCUCCACGAGUGAGUCCACGGUGUGAGUGUACGCACAGGGUAACUGGACACGUGACCCCCUGGCGACGUAGUAGUGGUUCAUUGCCUUCUGGAUUUCCAGAGGGCAUGCUGGACAAAUGUUGAAAAACACUCCCAGGAGGACAGAUGGUCAAAAGAGGUGCCACAUCAUCGCCUUGUAUACACCUGCAAGUAAAAGACAAAAACAUACUGGAAUUAAUCAAAUGUAUUUUAUGUUUUUUUUCUGUCACUAUAAAGCAUAGACAUCAGCAACCAUUUUUUCAUUACAAAUGUAAAAAAACAAUGGAAAACAGAAUAACACUAACAUCAGUUACAUGUAUUUUGCCUCAUUACAAGUUUAAAUGUUUUCAGUCAUGUUUACAUUCUGAUGUCUCUCAAAAAAGGAAAUAGGAUUUCUUACCUGCUUAACUUUAGGAGGGAAGAUGCACACCAACGACAGCAACACUUGUCUGCUUCUUUGGCAUUUGGUGUACUAAUUUAUAACGAAAAAACAACUUAUUUCGGAACGAGAAGAUCAAAGCAUCAAAGAGUUCAAAGGGACCUGUCAUCGUGACGUCACGCUAUUUGUAUUGUAUAAGUGUAGGCAAAAUGAUCUGCAAUACAACUGAUAAUGAUUUAAUUUUUUCCCCCAGUCUCUUUUGUGUUUUUUAAUUGCAAGCAAAAUAAAUGAAGAUAUUACUACCAAAACAUUUGUACCCUAAUUUUUGGACUAUAAGCCGCUACUUUUUUCCCUCAUUUUGAAUCCUGAGGCUUAUAGUCCAGUGGGGCAUAUUUGAUGAUUUAUUUGGGUUAAUAGGUAACACUUUGUUUGACAGCGGCAUCAUAAGACUGUCAUAAGAACGUCAUAAUUAUGAAAUGAAACGACACUAUCAUGGGCAUUACUGAAUUAUUAUGACAGAUG